GAGGCGCCUCUAGGCCGCAGGGAACUCUGAGCAUGCACAGAGUGCUGCCUGCCAUCCCUCCCAGAAUGAAUAUGGAGGCCUCUUCUAACUAUACAUACCCUGUUUCCCCAAAAAUAAGACAGUGUCUUAUAUUAAUUUUUGCUCCCAAAGAUGCGCUAGGUCUUAUUUUCAGGGGAUGUCUUAUUUUUUCCACAAAGAUGAAUUCACAUUGUUGUGACAUUGGGGCAAAGCGGCCAGGAUGGUGGAAGUAGAUGCCGAACAUUGGGAUGAGACCAUUUGUGACAUGAUGCCUUGCCAGCACCCUCUUUGCUGGGAGGCGCUGCGGAGGAUUGAAAGUGGGAACCCCCGGAUUGCCUUGGGGCCCCCGCCCUCCCCUGAGAGAGAGUCUCCAGAUUGUGAAGGUGAGCUGCCCACACUGAAAAUCGUAGACCUUCCCCUCAACUGCCCUCGGAGACAGAGAAUCACGUGCAGCAAAAGCUACGGCUCCGUUUCCAAAACUGUCUCCCAUAUGAAAGACACCAGAAGUUAUUUUUCAAAUUCUGCCACCAAUGAUACUUGGAUGCCCCCAGUCUCAGUAAUGAGUUCUGAAAGGAAUCACUUCCCAGGGCUGAACUCCCGGGUGGAUUCUCACACCCCACACCUCUCCCCAAUAAGUUUCGACUGCUGGAGGCAAGUCGAGCAAAUACAGGUGAUGGAUAUCUCUGAAUUGACAGCACAGGGAUUGGACUGUCAACUUCCCUAUGGAAACCUGAUAGUCCAGUGGAUUCCACCCAAAUGGCCCAGUCGUCUGCAAUCCAAGAAGCCGCCUGCGAGAGCUGCGGCCUCUUCUCAAAGGAUAUGUGUGAAAGACCUCGCUUUGGAAAGCACCCUCUCCUUCAAGGACAGCCAAGUGAAGAGGAGAAAGAAAUCAAGUAAAGUCCCCACCGGAGGCCAGCCGUACCUGCUUCACCUGAGGAGGAACAAGCGGGUCCCCACCGACAGUUCGAGUCCUUCAGGCAAAGGAGAGGAGGCCACGGACGGCGCUCUCCGGACCAGUCAGUUCUCGUUCUGCUGCCUGCCGCUGGCUCCUCUGGCAGCCCCCCACAAAGAGGUCGACCCAGAGACGAAGAGCAGAAAAGAAGCCUCGUUUGAGAGCAAGAAGAAGGCUGCGCCGCCUCUAAUUGUCCUGCAAAAAGCACCGAGUGUAUACAGAUUUGAAGCCAAGUUUCCUGUGAAAGAGCGAUGCUCAAGAAGAAUCCCCGGGCAGCUCAGGGUCCCCCCAGAAGGCUCAGGGUCCUUGUGGCACCCCAUGCCUGACCUGGGGGAGAAGCCAGCCUGCACCGAGGCCCCGGGCUCCGGAAAAGGAGGAGAAAGAGGAGGAGGAAGCGGUGGUGAUGGGCUGGACAAGGCCGCUCCGCUGUCCCAGGAGGCCUCUGCUGAGGAAGGAGCUGCCCCAUUGGCCCCUAUGGCCCCUCCAGAGAGGAAGAAGAUGGUGAGGUUUGCGGAGUGCAAGAGCAACGCGGCCAGGACGGCCACAGAAGGUGACCCUAACAUUCUUCCCCGGCUACUGAGAGUGGAGUCCAAGUUCAGGCGGUACCGGAGGCAGCUGGCCAGCUGGAGGGAGCCCCCUCCUCUGCUUGCACCCCCUCCUGCUCGUGCUUCUUUGCAGGACCCGGCUCCUCCGCCUGGGCCCACGGACAGCCCCCUGGGGACCCCCCGGGAGAGCCCCCGGCAGCCCUUCUCCCCCAACCCCCCUCCGCCUCCCCCCUCCCCCUUCUUCUCCCUCAGCAGCGAGAAUUCCUCCCUGGACUGAACGGAGAACAACGAACUGUGUAAGAAGGGAUGUGAGUCCGGGUGGCAAUCCUCUUUUGCGAAGCUGAGUUGGGCAAAGGCUGUGCUACGUUGGGCCUAAGAACGAUUAAAACCCCAUCUCCGCC